UGUCACUGAGCUUCAGUGUUGUCCCCUGGACGGGUUCGAGUUUCUUCAAUCAGAUACGAGUGCUUUACUGGAUAGAAGUUUCUCUUUUCCCACCUGCGGAGGAAAUACAUACAGAAAAAUGAAAGGGAGAAAGCCCAGUAGCAGCUACUGCAGAGCAUUCUGACAGGACCAUUAAUAUCAAACUGCAGAGUUUAGGAACAGCAGUGGCUAUGGCAUCACUGAACAACCCGCAUGGAUCUCACUGCUGCUGUCCAACAGAGGGUUGUCAAGGGAUAGCCUGUGCAAACUUCAACCCUUCCUUUAGCCCAGCGUCUCAGGCCUGGCCUAGAACUCGGACCACAGCAGCCUCCCUUACCGCAGUAACUAAAGAGGACCAGCCAGCUUCAAAUUCAAGUGACCAAAUGCAGGAAUUCCAAAGUAAUGGAAUUUUCAGUCCGACCAGCUGUGUUUUAGAAGAGGAUGAAACAAAAGGGAUAUUUACAUGUUCUGAAGAGGAGGUGUUGAACAUUACCUUUGAAGCGUGUGACACUAUGGGCACAGGAGAAGUUCUGGCUUCCACUGUUAUGCAAUACUUGCAGGACAUGACAGCUCAAAGCCCUGAAAGAGGUAGACUGUUAAUGCUGUAUAAUAUGCUGGAUCCUGACAGACAGGGUGUCGCAGUUAACAGAGACACUUUCCAUGCCGCUAUGAAGAGAUGGAUUGUCGAGUGCAGCCAGGACUGCAUGCUGGAGGAGGACUGCCAGAAUGCGGAAACUGAGAAGAACAGAACUCAUAUAAAUGGGAAUGAAUUAUUUGCUGCUGAAUCUGAAAAGGCCUUCCACGAAGGAACAGAUGGAUUAGACCAUGAAACAAGUGAUUUAAUGAAUCGCGUUGCAGAUCUACAGUAUGCAAACCAGAAGUUAAGUGAGCAAAACUCCAGCCUCCUACGAGCAGUGGAAAUGUGUGAAGAAGCUAACCUACAGCUGACUGAUGAAAUCGUCACACUGAAGAGCAAAUUAACAAGCUCCCAGCAGUCUGUUUUAAAUGCAAAGUCUCAAGCAGAAGAGCUUGAAGAGGCCAAAAGGGCAACAAGAGACUAUCAAGAAAGAGCCUGUCAGCUACAGACUUCCAGCAGUAAACUGAAAAGAGAAAAUGAAAUUUUAAAUGCAAAGGUGCAAAUACUGGAAGAGAUGAAAGAAAAUCUUACACAGGAAAAAGAAUUGGCUAAAACCAGGAUUUCUGAGCUAACAAAAACAAAAUCUGAGAUGCUGAAGCAGCUUUAUGAAGCACAAAGUUUAUUGGAAGCAAAAGAUGUGGAAAUCACAGAGAAAAUCAAGUUUAUAGAAGAACUAAAGAAUUCCAGGCUGGAAAACCACAAAAUCAUUGAGGGGAUGCAUGUAGAACUAAACCAAUUGCAAGAAAACUCACAGCAAGAGCUUUUGAGAUUUACUGGCAGUCUUCAGAGUCCUACAGGACGACCUGGUGCCCUCCCACUGCUAAACUCUCUGCAGUCAGAAAUCGAGGAGCUUCAGAAGGGCAGUCUUGAAGAGGUUACCACGCCUAUUUGUGGCCUGUUGAUGACAUCUUCUGAGCAGAAAGACGAUUUUCAAACAAUUCUGCAACAGAUAAAAUCACAAGAAGACAGCAGCAUGUUUCAGACAGAGCCUGAAGCGAUGGCAAAUGACAUGAAGCUCCAGAUUGAUGCCUUCAUUACCUCAUGUCAGGGACUGGAUGAGCCUGAUGACGCGUCCCACCUGGUCAUUAUACAAAAAGAGGAGCUACAAAAGAAGCUGAGACAAAUCAUGUUGAACAAUAUACACCAGCUUGAUGGCCUGUUUACACUGAAAGAGGACUGGAAUAAAGCUUUGGAAAAAUUAGAAAGAGUCUACCUCCAGUGUCAACAGCAACAUCUCAACACCAAACACCAUCUAGCAAAUGUGAUAAGACAGCUGGAGCUCCAGAAAGUGCUGAAGGAUGAGGCUGAAGAAAGAGUCUCAGAACAGAAUGAUAGGGCAGCAGAAGCUGAGAAAGGAGCUAAAGAGGCAAAGAAGACGGCAGCUGUUUCCUGGUGGAGAGCAGUGAAAGUGGAAGAGGAGAAGGUUAAAGCCAGAGAAGAGGCAGCUAGGCUGAAGACGAGGCUCUUGGAAACCGAAGGAAGACUGUUGCAAGCCCAAAGAACAAUCGAGGAGAUGGAAAGCAAGGUGACAGUGGAGGAGGAGAAGGUUAAAGCCAGAGAAGAGGCAGCUAGGCUGAAGACGAGGCUCUUGGAAACCGAAGGAAGACUGUUGCAAGCCCAAAGAACAAUCGAGGAGAUGGAAAGCAAGGUGACAGUGGAGGAGGAGAAGGUUAAAGACAGAGAAAAGGCAGCUAGGCUGAAGAAGAGGCUCUUGGAAACCGAAGAAAGACUGUUGCAAGCCCAAAGAACAAUCGAGGAGAUGGGAAGCAAGUCAACCCGUUUAGAACAGAUGCUGUUGGAAUCACAGCAGAGGACCCUAACAGCUGAAACAAGGGCCAGAGUGGCAGAAGACAAAAUGGCUGCCACCUUGAACAUCACUGAGAACAAAGUUAAGGCUGUUGACCAAAGACUAGCUGAGUUACAAGAGGAGAGAAUUAAAGGUAUCCAAGCUGGGGAACAGAAAGUUAUGCAAGCUUUAAUAGAAGCAGACAUGUUCAAAAUGGAAGUCUGCCAGUUAAAUGAAUCAUCUUCAAACUUGCUGAUGAAAUCUGCUAAGGAAAUGGAGGCAAUGAAGGAAAGUGUGUCUCGAGCAGCAGAGUUGGUCAGCUUGACAGAAAGGAGAUUGGCUAUUGCUAAGGAGCGGAUAGAUACAGCAGAGAAAAGGAUACAGGUUACUAAAGAGAGAGCUGAGAGUGCGGCUAUACAUCUCGAUUCUGUGGAAAAAGGAACAGCAACAAAUGAGUUUACAGAUUUGGGAUCAUCAAUGGCUUUAAGCAAACACAGUUCUGCAUAUUUUAAGACAAGUGAUUCAGAGAAAGAAGAGAAGAUGGCCAGUAUUUGCCAAGCUCCUCCAGCUAUCAGUGGCGAACCCAACUUACUAAGAGAUGAGAAUUCUGAAGAGACUGGGAGAAAUACAGGCAAGGGGAAAGAAGAUUCCUGGGCUUCAUUUCUUAAUAAACCUUUACUGCUGCACAGUCCUUUCUUCAGUACUGCUUCUGGGCAGCAUUGUGACGGCCAUUCCACUGCGAGACUACAGACCACUCUGCUAGAUGCCUUGACUUUGGAACUUCUGAGGACAAGACAGCAGAGUACAGGCUAUUGUUUUAAACCAUUUCCACCGUAUCAGCACCGGGAAACAUGCGUGAAGUGUGCUCGUGAAAAGAGAUAUGCUGGUGAAGUGAAUGAAGAAAAUGUAGAAAGGCCAAAGGUCUCAACCAGUGAUGAAAGCACCCAGACAGAUCCAGAAGACAAUGGGAGAAGUCAGGGCUCAGUGACACAACAUUGUGCUGCUCCUAACACAGAGAGGUCUUCAGAAGAUAAGGAGUUGCAGUACUUGCCCCAGGAACUGAGCGAGAGUCUCACCAAGGAGCCAACCCCAGACCUCGCCAAUCCAGCUCCAGACCUCGCCAAUCCAGGUCCAGACCUCACCAGUCCCACUCCAGACCUCGACAAUUCAGCUCCAGACCUCGCCAAUCCAGCUCCAGACCUCGCCAAUCCAGCUCCAGACCUCGCCAGUCCAGCUCCAGACCUCACCAAUCCAGCGCCAGACCUCGCCAGUUCAGCUCCAGACCUCGCCAAUCCAGCUCCAGACCUCGCCAAUCCAGCUCCAGACCUCACCAAUCCAGCUCCAGACCUCGCCAGUCCAGCUCCAGACCUCACCAAUCCAGCGCCAGACCUCGCCAGUUCAGCUCCAGACCUCGCCAGUCCAGCUCCAGACCUCUCCAAUCCAGCUCCAGACCUCGCCAAUCCAGCUCCAGACCUCGCCAGUCCAGUCUCCCGGGCCCCCGGACCCAGGUACCCUCCUCCGUUCCAGACCAUGCCCACCCUCCCAGAAGAAGAAGAGGAGGAUGAAGCAGCAGAGGAGCAGGAGAGCUCGCCCCCCUCCCCACAGGUUGUAGCUGUUGAAGCCAGAAUGGUCAGUGUCCCCUCUAUUGUCCUUCCUGGGGAAGCUGUCACUGCAGAUCAGGAGCUUAAUGCACUUUCACAGAGCAGACCCCACAGCCCAAGACAUCGCCAUCGGAGUUCUUUUUCUUCGGCGAGCUCCAUCACCACAGUUGACAGCACAGGUCAUGUGAUUGACCUAGUAAAAGACCAGCUGCCAGAUGUUAAGCUCUCAGACAAAGACACAAAGAAGAAUCUGGAGCUGCUUGAGGAAGCAAAGAAGGUCAGUGAGCGAUUCUUCAUGCGGAGGGGUCGAAGGUCAACCUGCAGCCUAUCAGAUUCUCCAACAGGUGUCUCUCCUAAUCUCACUCCAAGGUCCUCUCCAGUGCCUUCACGAAGCAGCUCCCUCACUCAGCCCCCCCAGAUUGCCUCAGAUGGAACUGCAGUUAAUUCAGCUGGGACCUCACCCACGCCUCAGCAUCUGGAUGUUCCCAGUGCUAGAGGACAGACAGACAGCAUAGGGCUGGAUACUGAGAGCCCCAGAAAGGGACUGGUGGAUCGACAAGUCAACGAGCAACAGAAGAUUUCUCAAGGAUUGCUUUCACCUCGGCAUGGCUCCUACGGAAACUCCAAAGAAGCAUUGUCAGAACAAAAAGAGAACUGCGAUCCCCGAAUCGACCCUCCAAACACUGAGAGCAGGAAGCUUUCCUUCGGACUCGUUACAAACAUCGGAGAGGAGUCCCCUGCCAUGGUCCAGAAAUCUGUAGAGUACAAGGACUGUCCCUCGGGGAACGCACAACCACAGAAAUCUCCUGCCAGCGUUGUGAACCCUGGUUUGAAGGCCCCCACUAAAGCCCACAAGGACCCCACAGGCGCCUGUACAGCAGAACUCAAAUCCUUUGGCUCUGGCCCGGCUCUCAUGAGAGCUCUGUCCUGGGAUGGCAUGGAGCAGGCAAGCUUGAGAAACAGCUCCCAGGAUUUGCCCACCAUGACUGACGAGAGUUUUACUUUGUAUGACAAAUCCAGUAGUCAGCUGCUAAAAUCUACAGGGUACAAGGACUUCCCCGUGCAGCCGGUCAAAACGCAGAAACUAGUCAAGCUAAGAGAGGAAAAUAAGUUAUUGCGAAACCAAACCAUGGCUGGAUUAAAGUUGCCGGAUCUCAGUGAAACAGCUGAACAGGAAAGAGGCCCCUCUCCUCUACCUUCCCUUCCUCCGCCUAUAGAAGAGGAACCCAAAGAAAAAUCUGAUGUCAUGCCAAACAUUUCUGAUGUCAUGCUUCGCAAACUCAAAGUUCUCAGAUCCCUACCUGGCAGUGCUCCUCCCCUCACAGAAAAGGAAGUUGAGAAUGCUUUUGUCCAGCUCUCCCUGGCCUUUCGAAACGACAGCUACACUCUGGAAACAAGACUGCGUCAAGCAGAGAGAGAGAGAGCCCAGACUGAGGACAACACUGACAAGGAGCUGGAAGAUUUCAAAGGAGUCAUUAAGGUGCACAUGAAACCUGGGGGUUCAAUCCUGCAAUGGCAGAACUGUGAGCAACGGGAAUCCUAUGAGAGGCUGUUGGAGACGAUAGCAGUCUUCCAUCGUCUAGCAUCCCGGCUGUCCAGUCGAGCGGAAAUGGUUGGAGCCGUACGGCAGGAAAAACGGAUGUCAAAAGCUACUGAAGUGAUGAUGCAGUAUGUGGAAAAUUUGAAGAGAACGUAUGAAAAGGAUCACGCAGAACUUAUUGAGUACAAAAAGCUGGCAAACCAGAAUUCAAGUCGUUACGGAGCAGCUGACAGUGGAGAAGAUGGUGUGCCUCGUGCGUCCAGAUCUAUGUCUCUGACCCUAGGAAAGGCCUUGCCCCGCAGAAGGGUCAGUGUUGCUGUGGUCCCGAAAUUCAGCUUGUUGAAUAUUCCUAACCAGUCCCCCGGAGCUGUGACCAACACGUCAUUACCUCCAUUGUGUGAGGUGAACAGUGGGAGAACAAGUGCACCUACAAGCCCAGUGCAACCCCCUAUAACUGAGAAUGGAAAAGCAAGUCGGGACCAGGAAAAUGCAGCUCCUGUUCCUGCCCCACCUCCAAGCAGCCGGGAUGAAAUCAGGUCGGAGAUAAAAGCCAAGAUUGAGGAAGACGCCUACAAUAAAGGGUACCAAGAAGGAUUAAAGAGAAGUAAAGAACUACAGGAAGUGAAGGAAGAGGAGGAGAAAACAGAUGAAAGUCAAAAAGAAGCAGAGGAAAAGGAAAAAGAAUUGGAAAUGGAAACACAAAUGGAAAAGGAAAUAGAAAAUAAAAAGAGCAGCAAAUUUGAAGAAGCUGUGAAUUAUAUUGACAGACUGUGUCCAAAGGUUUUCAGACAGCAUCGCUUGGUCUGGAUUAUUGCAGCUGUUGUGGUGAUCCUGGCUUUCGUCGUUAGCAUUUUCACAUCCUAUAAUAACUCCAGCACUGAAGUGGCUGACACGUCUCCUGGAAAGAGCGCGUGCUCCGGCAAAAAGCAGUAUUUUGGGUGGAAUGUAGGACUGCAGCACAAGAACCCCACACCAGAAUAACACAGAAGUCUCAUUCAUAAGCUUUUGCACACGCACUGUAACAAACAUCAAGAAGAUGGGUUUAGCUAUCCAAAUGGGUACUGUAGUAUAAUACCAAUCACAGUAAUGAUAAAAAUAAUAAAAUAUGAAGAAGCUGCUUAUUCAGUACCCUGAUCAAUUACACAGGUUUACUGGGGCGGACGGACGAACCUAAUGAGGAAUGUACCCAGAGCUUUUGAUAGAUAUUUUGAAGACUCCCUCAAUGUUUAAAGACUUUUUUUUUAAAUCACUGCUUGUUAUCAGGUGUCUAAAACUGUUGCCUUGUUUUGGUCAAAGAAGUAGGGUUGUCUAGAAAUAUUGUUGGACAGAGAGAACCCAAAUUCAUGAUCAGCUGUCUCAGGUUAGAUAAGGACUGAGUUUCAAGGCAGUGAUGUAUUGAAGUAUUUUUUUUUUAAAACUUUCAGAGAGGUAAAAUGUUACUUUGUUAGAUACAAUAUUCUAUAUUAUGUAUUUAAGCAGAGUUAUAGUUCAAAGAUAAGCACAUUUACAGCAGGAUAUUUCAAUUACAGAAGUAGUUUUUAAAGUGCAAUAUUUUUGUAGUAGGAAUACACUGUUUGGAUUUAUUCACAGCACUGGUUUUAUCAGUAGAAGGUGUUGAUUAUAAAGGAGCACUAUUUUUGAUUAGCAUGAUAAUAUUUAAUUUUUUUUAUAUCAUUGUAAAACUUUGCACAUGUGUGCUACCAUUGUACUGUAUAGUGCCACAUACUUGAGUCUUGAAAUAAAGAUGCCUUAAAACCUA